UUUCCGUGAGCGCUCGGCGGUUUCCGUGCGGGGCCGGGCGCGCUCGGCGCUUGCUCCCUGGCUGGCGCUCCUCAGUCGGCCGCUGCCUGCCUGUCGCCGGGCUGGGAGCGCCUGUGUGUGUGAGUGACGCGGCGGAGGUGUAGUUUGACGCGGUGUGUUACGUGGGGGAGAGAAUAAAACUGCGGCGAGAUCCCAGGCGCGAACGAAAGCAGUGACGGAGCAGCCUGGUAACCGGUAACUAAAUGACCAUGGAAUCUGGAGCAGAGAACCAGCAGAGUGGAGAUGCAGCCGGUACAGAGGCAGAAACCCAACAGAUGACAGUACAGGCACAACCACAGAUUGCAACGUUAGCCCAGGUAUCUAUGCCAGCAGCUCAUGCAACAUCUUCUGCACCCACGGUGACCUUAGUUCAGCUGCCCAAUGGGCAGACGGUUCAAGUGCAUGGAGUAAUUCAGGCUGCCCAGCCAUCAGUUAUUCAGUCUCCACAGGUCCAGACAGUUCAGAUCUCCACUAUAGCAGAAAGUGAAGAUUCACAGGAAUCAGUAGACAGUGUCACAGACUCACAGAAACGAAGAGAAAUUCUGUCCAGACGACCCUCCUACAGAAAAAUUUUGAAUGACUUGUCCUCAGACGCCCCAGGAGUGCCAAGGAUCGAAGAAGAAAAGUCAGAAGAGGAAACAGCAGCACCUGCCAUCGCCACUGUCACGGUGCCAACUCCCAUUUACCAAACCAGCAGUGGGCAGUACAUUGCCAUCACCCAAGGAGGAGCAAUCCAGUUGUCUAACAAUGGCACAGAUGGAGUACAAGGUCUCCAGACGUUGACAAUGACCAAUGCAGCUGCAACCCAACCCGGCACCACCAUUUUACAAUAUGCACAGACCACAGAUGGACAGCAGAUACUCGUACCCAGCAACCAAGUUGUUGUACAAGCUGCCUCAGGAGACGUGCAGACCUACCAGAUCCGCACGGCCCCGACCAGCACCAUUGCACCGGGAGUGGUCAUGGCGUCCUCGCCAGCGCUGCCCACCCAGCCGGCAGAGGAGGCGGCGCGCAAGAGGGAAGUGCGUCUGAUGAAGAACAGGCACGUACUUUCACAUCACUGCUACUGCCCAGGCAGCUCUGCACAGGCCUGGAGUGCUAAGAGUGCUGAUCUUUCUUAGCCAUGCUUUAUGAAGAAUUUGCCUUUAUUUAAAAAUGCAGAGCAGAAGCGCACAUCUGCUAAUGCUGCGUGUUGUGACUGUGAAACCUGGAGUAAAGUGUCAGACUCGUUCUGUGGGGUGUGUGAAUUUGGUGUUGCAGUAAGAAGAAAAGUGAUUGGUGAGAUACUUGUAUGACUGCAGAUACAUUCUUACAAACACCAAGAUGAGUUGCUUUUUUGAGUUACUACAUUCAUGUGGUUUACUUUGCUGGAUUCUCUCCCUUAGCCUUGCUGCUGGCCCACGUGUGCUCCUUGUGAGUACUCUCCUGAUUGUUCUUUUAGCCGCUUUGGGUUUUCUCCUCCAGGGGCUGAAAGGCUCAAGCAAAGGCUAAAUGAGCAGCUGUUCCUUUUGAUUGAAGUCCUGUGGAGCCAGUAGUGGCAGCAGAGGGGCUAAAAGGAAGGUAAAGACUUGAUCCUCUAGGAUCCAGUGUGUGAGGAGGAGCAGCUAAGCUUAGAGGUGGGAGUGGGUAGGAGCAGCAAAGGAAGGGAGCUGUAGGGAGAAGUUGAGCAGGAUGCUCCUGAAGUCUGUUGCUGUGGGAGUGGGAAGGGGUUGGCCUGAACUGGCCCAUCACACCGAGCUUGAACUCUUACCCAGAGUCACAGAUUGGAGCCUGUGUGUUCCACUGUGACACUGAGAACCCAGUGCUUCCUGCCCUUCUGAGCAGGGGAAGCCCCCUGAAAACCUUGUUAACUUCAUCUGUCAGUCUGAAAAAACUGAUGUGCAGGUUCAUUUAUCUUCUGUAGGUUGCUGUGCUGUGAACAUAAUUAAAACUUACUUGAGCAGACCCAGUGCUUAUGCAAGGAGCUUUAAUGAAAUAAAUAAUGCUGAACAGCAGAGGUCACUUUUUUAAAAGGUUUCCGUACAGAAUGUCACCCAUCUCCCCUUUUAUAUAGUUUUCUCAUACCAGUGAAUAGUGGAUAUCACUCUUUCAAGCUCUGCAUUUGAAAAAAAAUUAAUUAGAAUCACAGAAUACCCUCAUUUAGUCAUCAGUCUUAUUCCAGUAAAAGAAAGCUUUUGUGUUUGUGAAAGCCAAGAAAAACAAUGGGGAAUUACCCCACUUGAGUUAAAUUGACAGCUUUUGCAACAGUAUCAUGUUGCAUGUAGUGCUUUUAGCCUGUCUGCUUAAUAGAUAUUUGCAAAUCUAAGCUCCAUAGCAAAGUGGGGAAAAAGGAUAGAGAGGCAGAUGGUAAGGUGGUACUUACUGGAGGAUUAUAGUGUAAAUAUUCAUAGAUAUUAUUGUGCAAAUUUUCUGUAUAAAUUUUACAUUUUUAAAGCUCUGUUGUAAUUCAGCAAAACUCUGGCUGUUCAUAAUAAACAACUAGCACACACAGACUUGAGGUGGCUUAAUAUACACAGCCUAAAGGGGAAAAAAAAUCACAGAAAGAAAAUGUUGUCACCCAAGAAGUCUUGUUAGUAGUUUGCACUGGGAGGCACUUCCUGAUCCCCUAGUACUUAAUCUUUUGCUAACAGCCCAGAAUUACUUUAAAUUCAAAAUGUUACACAUGGUUUACUGAAGCGCUGCAGGCAUGUGAAAUUGUAUUUGUGGGAGUGACAAAUGGAUGACUGGAUUUCAGGGCUUACAGGCUAUGUUUUCUUCAUCCUGUCUCAUUUGUGGAGCUGAAUUUCAGAAAUUACUUUAGAGGCUUCUUAUCAGUUAGGUCUGGAAUGGAAUGCAUUCUGUUUUUACAGCUACUGUUUAUCUAAUAAGGGGAGGAACUGGGUUCUGGUUUGUCCUCUCAUUUCCCAGAACACUGACUGUCUCACCAGUCUGUGCAGUGUUUGCAAUGAAGGGGCACACAGACUCUUAUUUUUGAAGCUGUUCUGCUUUGCACCUAAAGGUUCAGGGCAAAUAAGUGUUUAUUUCCCUGUGUCUGCAGAGUGCUGCUUGGACAAGUGGCACUGCAGGAGCAGAGCCCUCUGCCUGGGCUCCCAUCUGCCCAUGGCAUUUAGCCUUGUGCUUGCUUUGCACCUUGGUGCCAUUAUAUUGCUGUGCAGGGUAGUUCCUGCCUUGGUGUUCCUGCUUCAGGAUGCUCAGCAGCACAUUAAUACCUUCUGGUGUUUUUCACUGGUGUUCUUGGUAUGUUACCAAGUUACCUACAGGCAGCUCACUCUUUACAAGCAAGGCUUAAAAGUUAGACUGUCUUGAGGUCUGUUUUCGGUGUAGCUGACAGGGACUGCAGAAUGACAUGGGGUUUUUUGUUUCUUAUUUUUAUUAGAGUCAUUAAUAGUAUCAUUGCAGUGAUGCAGACAUCAUUAUUAAAAUGAAAGCAUUGCUCAAGAGCAACUACAUGAAUGCUCUAAGUACAGCACUUUUUUACACCAGUUGAUCCAUCUUGUUGGACUGCUCAAAGGGAGAGGUUAAAGACUGUAAAAAGAAUAAUAGAUGAUAAUAAAGUCAAAUUAUUGCAGCAGCAUUUUACUCAGCCUAAAGGCUCCAAUAUGAAUCCUGCAAGCAAAAUUUUAUCCCUGAUUAGGAUCCUUUGCUCACAAUAGUAAUAAUUUUACUGGUGCUGUCUUAGUGGGAUGUGUAUGUUGAAGUGAUAUGAGGAUCUUGAGUGUGUGUGAUUUGAGAGGAGCAGUUGCUAUGAACUCGGUGUUUUUUCCUCACUUGCAUUUCUUAGCAAUACCUCCAUCUUCUGAAGAUGGCAGUACUAGUAAAGGUUUGCCUGAAAGCAGUUAUAGCCCAUGCCUGCAAAUGAUUGUUCUGGAUUUGAAUGGCCUUUUUUGCUUUGCAGAGAGGCAGCACGUGAAUGUCGCAGGAAGAAAAAGGAGUAUGUGAAAUGUCUAGAAAAUCGAGUGGCUGUGCUUGAAAACCAAAACAAGACACUGAUUGAGGAGUUGAAAGCACUUAAGGACCUUUACUGCCACAAAUCAGAUUAAUUUUGGAUUCUCAUUUUCACUUGUCCAGGUGGGAUAGAGACUGGUUCUGGUUAUACCCAGAAAGACAAAGUAAACUUUUUAUUUUCUAAACAUUUCUUUUUUUCUAUGCGCAAAACUGCCUGAAGCAACUACAGAAUAUACUUCAUCUGUGCUUUGCAUCAAACUGUGAAUGUUCAAGUACUUGCCUCCACUUCUCCCCUUACAAGAUGAAUUUCAUCAUCAGUCUCAGCGUGAAGAAGAAGAACAGGCUUCUCUCUCGUCUCCCGAUCCUCUUCAAGGAGUAGCAGUGGUCACUUGGGAAGUUACCGUGGGGAGGGUCCUUUUGCAAAGAUGUCAAGAAUUUGUGCUGAGCUCUUUCCAUUGCCUUAGAGACAGAGCCACCCCAGCCUCUUGGUGCAGAGAGAGGUGGGCCGCAGAGGUGGAGCAUGCAUGGUGCAAUGAAGAAGCAGUGGUUGCCACACUGGUUUCACACGUUCGUGCUGAGCUGUGCCGACGCACGGCUGAGCAGCACGCCAGACCAAGGGCGCUUCACUGCCACGCUCGUGGUGUGGAGAGAACAGACCUGCUUCACACUAGCCCAGGAGGGGGUUGGUCUGCAAUCUCUGUUAAGCCCUCCUGGACUAGUAAAACCUUCUCCAUACCUGAGAAACAAAUGCAUUGCAAUGAGCUUCACUGCUCAGUUGUUGAUUCUCAUAGUUUAUUGUGUGCAAGUGCGUUCGGUGUUCUGGAUGCACAGAAAACAGACGCCAACUUCAUAGGAUAUAGAUUGGGAAAUUAUAUUUGGAUGGGAAAGAAAAUGGUAAAGAAAGAUGCAAUUGUGAUGUUCUGUAAACAGGGGUAACACAUUAAAGCACUACCUAUUUGUGUGCAGAACAACUAAGCAGUUGAAGCAUAGCCAACUCCACUGAAGUACUCCCUGAAGACAGUAUGGUCUGUGUCCCAAGUCCUCUCGAGCAAUGAGGUUGUUUUUAUUUCCCUACCACUGUCUUAUGCAAUGGAAAUUAUUGUACUCAAUAGAAUUGUCAGCCUGGUUUGCUAAAUUUUUUUUUGAACUUUGAGGCUGCCUUCUAUACAUAAAUUAAAUUUCAGUAUAACAACUACUAGGACAACCUCAAAUAUUCAAGAGGACUUCAAACACAAAUAUUCCAACUCCUGCUUUGAAAGGGAAAACACUGAUUAUUUGAACCUGGCCAGAUUAACUAAACUCUUAAUUUGUCUGGGUUAUUUUUUCAUGUAAAGGGUCAGAUUUACUGAGUAAUCUAUUCCUGCAACUAAAAUUACUUGCGUGCCUCAGAUGUUUGCAAGAUCAGGUUUUUUUUCUGUGCACUGAGGAACUGUGGUCUUUCCCAGAUUUAUGGUGUUAAAAAAGGUAAUUCAUAUUUUUUUUAAAUUCUGUAUUAAGCAUUAGGACUUCAAAAGAAUCAUGCUGAAAAAGAACAUCCAGAAGUUGUCAAAAAGAAUGUGUCCAAAAGAAUCAUGUGUGGUUUGUGUACUGGCCCUCUGAAGCCAGUCUCUCACUGUGUUAACUCGGGUCAUUGGAUGGAGUAAGUUUACUUUGGGCUUCUGGUCAAACUUUUAUGUAUAGAAAUGUAUGGAUAAGGCUCUGGUCUAUACCAGUGCCUUGCCUAGCAGAGUAUUAGCUAAUAUUUUUUCCCAUUCACUCUGUAUCUUUUUAGGAUAAAUUUCACACACAGGCUUCUGAAAGGUUGUACAAUCAGCGUGACGUGUAAGGAAAAUACUUGGAAGACUCUGGGCAGUUGAGUCUCAAACACCUAAGCAGUAUUAGAAGUUAUAGAUUUCUCAUUUGAGGGGCAUUCAGUUUCCAAGAGACUUAAUUUAAAAGGAGCAGGGUUAAACUUACAGCAUUAUUGUUACAUCUGGAGUUAUCAAGAAUUUCAAAUUUCACUUAUAUUUCCAGAAAAGAACACAAGCAUCAGAAAUAUGAAAUAAUUAACUUUCACAAAUUUUGUGGAUGUUUAUAAAUGAUCUAUUUUUAUCUGCCAUAGAGAGUUGAUUUUUGUGUUUUUAUUUAAUGGGAGAUGAAUUUAUUAGUUUAGCGGUGCAAAUUUAAAGAAGGCCCUAAGUUCUCAGCAGUGCUUUUAUAAAAACUAUCUGAUUUUAAAAUCAGCAAACACAAAUACAUAAAACGGUUACAUUUUCCAGAACGAGUACUGAAAUAGAAAUGUUGAUAAUACAGGAGGCAUUCUUGUAAAGCAUGAAGCUCAUGGUGGCCUCAUUUGCAAUUACAUGGAAUGGUUCCUCCAGCUUUGAGGAGCACAGAAAAGGCUGUAUAUGCCCACAUUAAGGCUGUUUCUUUUGUAGAACUUCUGUUUGCAAAAAAAUGUGAGGUUUUGCUCUGAGAGCUGUGUCUCGUGGGUAAUGAACACUGUCCAGAGCUUGCUGAUAAUCACUGGGCACAAAGCCUGGGGGCUGAAUGGGCACGGGAGCCUAAAAGAGUGCCCAGGUGGGGUUCUCCUAAUACAUAGUUUGUGCAAACUUGUGUGGCAGCGAGAGGAGAACUGUGUUACCUGUUUGUCUGUGUGUGGUCUGCAAGUGGCCUGUAGUGGUUUUAGCCUAGACUUCAUUAGCAAAUAAAGUUCCACUAAGAAAAGGAAUGUAAUUCAAAGUACAUAGGGGUCUGCAAGAAUCUUUAUUUUUAUUUAUGCUGCACUGAGGAUUAUAGGACACAAAUUUAUUUAAUGAAAAUUAUAGAUUACAAUAAUAAAAAAUGUAUUAGACCAAGUACAGGGCUGGCUAGGCUACCCAUACAUGCUUUACUAUUCAUAUUGACCCAAAAAGGGAAAGAAUGUGACACAGGAAUCCGUUCCUAUGUUAUUUACCAAGUAGUGAGGUUGGGGUGAGAAGCUUCUAUAAACUAAGGCCAUUUGGAGGUAGGAUGGAAAUGAUGCUGACAAGGGGGAGGGAGGAUUAGUUUUAUAUCUCACGGUUGUGAGUUUUCAAGAACUGAUAGACUCUUUUACCUGAAGAGAGGGUUAGAAAGGGCUAGAUCCGUUACGUUCAUAAUAAACAAGAAUUGGUUUGAAAUAUAAUUUUUGUAAUGUCAUUAUUUUGCAAAACAACAGCACCAAUCAGGCAGUUAAGAUAUUGUCAAAGGUGCUCUUUUAAUUUAGAUAUUCUUGGAAAAUACAUAUGUAUAAUAUAUGUACAUAUAUAUAUAUACACACAGUAUAUAAUCUACAGCUCUGAGAGCUUUUAAGUCAGGAAUGCUGAGUAUUAUAGUAUAUGGAGGUCAGAAAAAGAAUUUUUACUUUUCUGUGUGUCUGGGUGUGUGUGGAUGUGUGUGUGUGUGUGUGUGAAAGCUUUCCCUCACCCCAGUAGCUCUGGGCUGCGUUAUUCUAGCUCUUAAUUACUGAUUUGUUUUGUGCUGUCUCUCAGUUAUCCAUUUUCAAGAAUUUUAUUUCAUCUUUCGUGGCUUUUGUGAAGUUUGUUUUUUAUCGAUGACGAUUUUGAAAUUAUGUAAGCAGUUGUUUAACAACCACCACCACCCAGAGUAAUUCACUUCUGUGCUUUUUUUUCUCUUUGGCAGCUAUAUAUCAAAGGCAAAACAUUUGGAAAGGUUGUUAAGGUGUUAUUUUCUAAAGGAACCACUGGUAAGACUUCUGUUUUCCUCCUGGGGUAGUGGUGAUGCAUUCUUCCUUAGGCAGCAAUUUCACCAGCACUGGGUAGUUGCCAGCACCGUUGCUUGUAUUUGAAAGCACAAUUUCAGCCUGUUGUGCUCAUCAGGACUGCUCAGACACCUGUAGUUCUGGCUAGCCUGGAGCUGGCAUUGGCAUUGGAGAUCACUGUCUUCUCUGGUACUUGUACAUUGGUCAGAAAAUUGGUGGGGUGUUUGGAAUCAUUAAGAGGCUCAGGAAAACAAAAAAAGAUUUAAUAAGGAAAAACAGCCCUGAUAGUUUCUGACCUAAAUUUGUACCACGGGUUGCUUUUUUACAAUCUGGGCUUCCAGUAAACUGCAGCAGCAACUAGUCAUCUGUUAGUGAAAACUGGCACCUGCUUUUUUAUUUUGUUUUUUCAUUUAUGGCAGACAGUGCUUUUUGUGGUUUAAAGACAAAUCCACCCAUCAAAGCAAGUUUGAUAUCAGUGGUUGUAAAUCUAUGAUAGUUCAUAGAGGAUUUAAUUGAUUUUCUAAGACCUUAUUUUUGUAAUUUUUUUACCCUGGAGCCUGGUUAGUGAUGUAACAUUUGCCAAUGAUCCAACCAAAAGGUCAUGUAUUUAUUUUUGUUACACUAUGUUCUUUGUAAAUGUUUAAUUAAAAUGUGCACUUUCAAAGAAAAAAACGAGCAAAACACAGAGGGGAAAAAAAAUAAGGUAAAUUUGGUUUGCUUGAGAAGAUUUCUGGCAUAAUUGUUGUGAUCCUGCUGCCUGCACACAAUUCACUCCUCCACAGCAGUUGACUCCUUGGCUAAUGCAACUUGCAGAUCAGCACCUGGUGCUCAGCAGGCAUUGCUUCAGAGGGGCAGGAAUCAAGCCUGUGGUGUCUGGAGCAGUUUGUAGAGGAUGGAUGUGAAAUUAUUUUUAGAGUAGAACUAGUUCAGUGAUCCCAUGUGGGAAAGGAAGGUUAAUUUGGAAGGAAAGCUGAACUAUUUUUCAGCCACUUUAUUCCCCUUUUCUUAAUUUGAGAUUUGUCUGCAGAUUUUACAAGCUGCAUUCCAAGAAAAUAAAUCAAAAGGUUUUCCAGUAAUUUGACACCAGGAAAUAAAGGUACAUUGACAAUGUGUCACCAAGAAAAACACAGCACAACCACCUUUCUCUAGCAGGAGUGAUCAUCAUUUAACCCUGAAGUCUGUCAUUGUGAGCAGGUUUUAAAAAGCAUACAGUACAUAGAUGGUUCUCUGUUGUCUGCCUGGGAACUCGUUUUUCUGAGCUGUGUAAUUUGCUAGCUGGUUUUACAAAAGCCUGAAGCUCCGUUGGUCUGGAAGGAGCCAGACUGGUGAAGAGAGGCUGCUGAAAUCACCUUCUGUGUGCUUGUGACAGGUUCAGGUCUGUGGAUAGAGACUUAUGUGUGAGAAUCUUUGGGGGAAAGGGACCAGAUCCAGGUGGUGUAAAGAGGGUUUGCAUUUCAAGUGUUUUGCCUUGGAAUGUGUUUUUAAAAUGUAUUUCAGCUGUGGCCUGCAGAGAGAUGUGCUUGGGCUAGUUGGCAUAGCACAAAUUGAAGAGAGUGACCUGUUUGCUUUCUGGCACUGCAGGUGAAGGUUUGUGAGUUGCUGUGUGGUGAGUUCAGGGCUGCUUUCAGCAGCAGAGGCAGGAGCAGUCAGCUGUCCUCAGGAGCUGUGUGCUGGCAGGGAAAGGGCCAGGGGCAGGCUGGAAUGACCCAUGGCUGGCACACUCCAUCAGCUGAGCAUUCACUGCACUCAGGACUCGAGCAGUUCACUCAGCCUCAGCUGCACAUUCCUCUAAAUUAGGGGAUAGCUGAGUGAGAGCAUGGGGAUGGCAGGCCUUGAGCCAACUGCUUAUCUGGAAAUGGCCACUCUUAGGAACUAAGGACGUUUGGGUGCUCUCCACAAGUUGUGUUUUAUCCAGGUGCCACUCCAUUUUUUGUGUGUUUAAUUACAUUUAUUUAUAUUAAAACAUUAAUUUUAAAACAUUCUACAACUUCAAGUUUAUACGAGAUUUGAAACUGUGCUGCUUAUAAUGGACUUCUUGGGAUGGGAACAGGACAAGAAGAGGUGCUAGUUGGCAGCCAACCCCUUCACAGAUUUUUUCCACAGAUUGGUUGUUCACUUCAGAAAUUAGUUGUUUCUACUCUGGAUUUAUACUUUGAAACUGUUUUGAAACAAUGUUUUUCAGGGAAGCUUCCAGAGCGAAGGUGUUCUUCUCCCUUUGUAGUGUAAGCUGGAAAGAGUAUGUUCACCUCAUCUGCAUUUCUGAUUCUUUACCCAAACCAUGUCAGCACAGAACAGGGUAUUUGAGCUUGACUCCCACAUACUUGUGGAAGUUAAAAGACUAAAUUAAAAUCCAUCACUGGGGGAAAAUAAAGUCUUUUUUACAUCUCCCCAAAAUCUAGAAACAUCCCUGUUGCGUUCUUUUUUUUUUUUUUUCUUUUUUUUUCCUUUUUUUUUGUGCUUUAUCUGUGUUUAAAAGGAAUUGUACUGGGUUAUAAUGCAUUUUAUUAACACUAUGUACAUAUUAGCUGCUUUGUGUUUCAGAAUGGUAGUAAUUGCUUUGUAUAUUAAAGUGAUUCUUGUGAAUUUGUGAAUUAUUGUCAUAAAGAAGUGCUUUUUCUUACUGUAACCUUUGUGGUAUAAACUGUCAUAACCCCCUUUUUACACAAACAUUUAUGUGCAGUCACAUAAACAUGCUUUAAAAAACUCUACAAA